AAAUAUAUAUACUCUAACAGGUGAAUUUGCAUUUGAAUUUUGAGCUAAAUGAUAGUGAAUGAGUUGGGAAUUGGGAUCAUUUUUAAUUUAUUUUAAUUUGUGUUUGGUCUUCUAAAAAAAGAAACAAAAUAAUAAUAAAGAAGAAGAAAAGAAAAUUGUGUUUGGGUUUCCCUAAUCCAAACCAUAGACUGGAUUCCUUGUACAACACAACAACCUCAAACCCCCCAAAACGGGAAAACAAAACCCUAAUUUGGUGGCUUUCAUCGUACGACAAGAACCUCGUACGGCCGAACUCAUAAACCACCGCCGCCGCCGCUGCCGCUAAUGAAGAUCGGCAAGGCUGAACAAAUCAGCCAUCAUCUUCCGGAAGAAAUCAUCGAAGAAAUAUUGUACAGACUCCCAGUAAAAUCUCUCUUGAGAUUCAAGUGUGUUUCCCAAUCAUGGCGUUCAUUGAUCUCCACCAAACAAUUCAUCGAAACCCAUCUCCAACACUCGAAAAAGAUCGAAUCUUUCACCGACAAAAGAAUCAUCUCAACCUGUUCGAAAUCAUCGUGUCCAGGCAGACUAAAGGCAUGUUAUCUGUCCUCCUUGUUGACCGAACCGGUCACUCGCGCCUUUUCUUUCAAUUUCUUUCCGAUGAAUAGUUCGAGAGAUAUAGUUAUCGUCGGUUCAUGCAACGGUUUGAUCUGCGUUCUAGUCGACGCAUGUCGGUUUUUCUUGUUGAAUCCUUCGACAAGGGAGUUCAAGGAAUUGCCCGACUUCUUUACCGGAACGACAUGCCCGAAGAAUCUCGGUUCUAUUAGUGGAUAUGGCUUUGGAUUCGAUGAGAGUAGUUGUGAUUACAAGGUUUACGCCGUUUUUUCGAUGACAUCACCGUACGAUCGAGAUGUCGGUUUUCCUAGUAAAUCCGUGGCGAGAGUGUAUAGUUUCAAAACCGAUUCUUGGGGAGUUAACGCGUUCUUCGAGGAUAGAUGGACAAUAGGUCAAGGGAAAUUUGUGAGUGGGAAGCUUCAUUGGAUAAACUAUUAUAAAACGAAAUUGAAAUGGGAAAUCGUUUGUUUCGAUUUGACGAACGAGAGUUUCGGAACCGUGGAACGACCUAGUUGUAUGGAGGGUUGUUACAUUCCGAGGCUCGGAGUUUUCAAGGGAUGUCUUUGUAUGUCUUUCGACUGCGCUCUAACCGUAGGGUUCGAUAUAUUGAUUUGGAACGAAUACGGGGUGGAAGAUUCGUGGUCACGAUUGUUGACUAUAUCUUAUCUAUCCGUUUUUGAGAACUCUUCAUUCACGAGAAUGUUUAAUCGCGUAACCCCGUUGUUUCUUUUGCCAAGUGGCGAGAUUAUGUUUACAUCCGGAUCGGAUUUUUUGAUUUACAAUAAGAAAGACGGUGUGUUAGGCAACGACACACAAUUGACUUUGACCGUGAUCGUGUUCGUGAAGCGGAGGUCUACACGGAAAGUUUAG